CAUGAGAAGAAAGAGAGCCACUGGCAAAAUCCUCAUCAUAAAACCCCGCCCUUUUGAGUACUGUUCCGCCUUCUGAUUGGCUCCUGAGACCUCUCCUGGCCGCUGGUUGGCUGUCCCUCGCGAGACAGACGGAGAAUUUGUUCUUUACAGGAGUGGGACGGAAGCGCGAGGGCAGAACACGCAGAGACCGACCAGCAACCUGUCACCACAGCGUAUAGAGCGCAGACCUAACAGAGUUACUAUACCGGGAAACUGGAACGGACAGGGCUCCGGGAUGUCUCCGAUGUCUCGUCCGUGAGAAACCACAUAAGGAACUAUCGAAACAGACACUGCAAAGCGAGGCAGGAGUUUUAAUUGCAAGGAAAAUCUGGAUAUAACCGUUCCUUUAAUUAUUGCCGUUGGAUACGUUGUUUCCAACUUUGCUUGACGGGUCGGAGUGGACUACCAACUGUGCUUCCAGUGGAGAGUUUCGUCUUGGCGAGACAGGAGCGGAUAUAAACAGCCGCUGACCGCGCACUCUGAAGUGGACUAAUCUUUCCCCAGCACCGGAUGGACUAGCCUACCAGGCAACGCCCGGAACCCAAUUAGUUGAUCAAUUUGGAUUCUUAGCGGGAUUACUUUGGACCUUUCCCCCCUCGUAACAAUGAGUCGGGCUGUGUGCACUCUUGCGGCGGUAGCGCUCUCCCUCGCACUGCUGUGCGGUCCAGGAUUCAUUGGUCUGGUGCGUGCAUUCGGCGACGAGACAGAGGAGAUGACGUGCGACCCGAUACGCAUCGCCAUGUGCCAGGACCUGGGCUACAACGUCACCAAGAUGCCCAACCUGGUGGGCAACGUCCUGCAGUCAGACGCCGAGCUCCAGCUCACCACCUUCACACCACUCAUACAGUAUGGCUGCUCCAGCCAACUGAAGUUCUUCCUGUGUGCGGUGUACGUGCCCAUGUGUACAGACAAGGUUCCCAUCCCCAUCGGGCCGUGUGGCAGCAUGUGUCUGUCUGUCAAGAGGAAGUGUCUGCCAGUCCUAAUAGAGUUCGGCUUCGUCUGGCCAGAGCUGCUCAACUGCAGCCUGUUCCCCCCUCAGAACGACCACAACCACAUGUGUAUGGAGGGUCCGGGGGAUGAGGAGGCCCCCUACCACCCGGUCCGACCCCUGCCCCCCCAGGAGGAGGAGUGCCAGGCCCUGGGGGCCGGACCAGACCAGUAUGCCUGGGUGAGGCGGAGCCACAGCUGUGCACUGCAGUGUGGGUAUGACGCGGGGCUGUACCGGCGCGAAGCCAAGGUGUUUACAGACGUGUGGAUGGCAGUGUGGGCGGUGUUGUGUUUCCUCUCUACCACCCUGACCGUCCUCACCUUCCUCCUGGACUCAACACGUUUCUCCUACCCUGAGAGACCCAUCAUCUUCCUCUCCAUGUGCUCCAACCUCUACAGCGUGGCCUACCUGGUGCGCCUGACUCUGGGUCGGGAGCGUGUGUCCUGUGACCUGGAGGAGGCAGCGGUACCUGUUCUGGUACAGGAGGGGUUAAAAAGUACUAGCUGUGCCAUUGUCUUCCUCCUGCUCUACUUCUUUGGCAUGGCCUCCUCGUUGUGGUGGGUGAUUCUGACCCUGACCUGGUUCCUGGCUGCAGGGUUAAAGUGGGGUCACGAGGCCAUUGAGAUGCACAGCUCCUACUUCCACAUAGCAGCCUGGGCAAUCCCCGCCAUCAAGACCAUUGUCAUCCUCAUCAUGCGACUAGUAGAUGCUGAUGACCUCACUGGGCUGUGCUACGUGGGUAACCUACAGCAGGAGGCAGUGACGGGUUUCGUGGUCGCCCCGCUCGCUGCAUACCUCCUCAUCGGCACUCUGUUUAUCUGCGCCGGCUUGGUGGCCCUGUUUAAGAUCCGCUCCAACCUGCAGAAGGACGGGGCCAAGACGGACAAGCUGGAGCGUCUGAUGGUGAAGAUCGGGGUGUUCUCUGUGCUGUACAUGGUACCUGCGUCCACCGUGAUAGGCUGCUACCUCUACCAGCUGUCCCACUGGGGGGACUUCAGGGCCAGUGCCAGGGACUCAUAUGUGGCAACAGAGAUGCUGAGGAUCUUUAUGUCUCUGCUGGUGGGCAUCACGUCGGGCAUGUGGAUCUGGUCGGCCAAGACCCUUCACACCUGGCAACGCUGCUCUGCCCGCCUUUGGAGGGAUGGCCGGGCAGGGAGGAGCAAGCGGGCACCGGGGGACAGCUGGAUAAAACCUGGCAACGAGACGGUGGUGUGAGUAGAGAGGGAGAGAAAGAGGGGAAGAUAGGAACCGGGUGGCUUUUUAAAGCAAACCUGCCCCCAAACCCACUGCUAGUGCUACUACCUGAUGUAGGAGAGUGAAAGAGAGAAGGACAGACUGAUAAAUAGCCCCACUAAGCAGACAGUGGUCUCCUUUGCCCACGUUGUCUGUGGUUCUCUCCCUACUAGCAGACUAACCCACUGCCAGAGAAGAGACUGACCCUGUUGCCUACAGCAGACUCUGGGCUGAUCUAUAGAACCUUCUGACUUCAGAGAGUUGUUUUAAAGGUUGAAUUUACACUGGAGUCAUGGUCCAGAUGAUGUACAGAUCUAAACUACAGCCACACUGACAUGCACUAUGACUAGCUGAUGUGGAUGUAGCUUGGUUAAUGUGCCUUAUGUGGAACGGGAGGCUGGGCUGCCCAGCCAGCCACACUCUGGAGGCUAUGAAGCUAUGCCACUGCAACGGCACCUGGGAUUUGUAGUGAAUUGACUCUAUGGUGCUGCAGCUAAGGCACCUGGGAAACGUAGCCCUUUGUCCUUUACCUCAGUGCUCCGCAAGCAGCACAGCUGACCUCCACCGACCUACACGCAGUCUUAAUGAGGAAACAGACAUUCAACUAUGAACUCUGAACUAUAACCCUUGACCUUCUUCAGUCACUCAUGGAACCCUUAGGAAUGGCGGUCAGUAAUGAACUGGUGUAAGGUUAUUUCUGUAUUUCUUUUUACCGGUUUUGGAAGUGAAUUAAGGGUUAUUAUGAAUGAUGUUAGACAAUCAACCCCCAAAACACAUUAUGCAAAUGCAAUAAUAAGCGAACAGUGAAACACACACAGAGAGUCACACUCAUACAGUCUGUAGAGUUGCCCCUUAUGCAAUCCACUCCCAUCAAAUCUGCUGCAUCAGCUGAGUUAUUAUUGCAUUAAGCUGCAACCAUUACAACACACACAGCAGAGAGACAGUCAAAUACAACACACACACACACACACACACACACACACACACACAGCAGAGAAACAAUCAAAUACAACACACACACACACAGCAGAGAAACAAUCAAAUACAACACACACGCACACAGCAGAGAAACAAUCAAAUACAACACACACGCACACAGCAGAGAAACAAUCAAAUACAACACACACGCACACAGCAGAGAAACAAUCAAAUACAACACACACACACACAGCAGAGAAACAAUCAAAUACAACACACACACA